AUGCAGCCUUCGUCCACCCUGCUCGUCCUCCUCCUCCUCCUCCCCCAGCUCGGCUCGCCGGCCCCCCUCUGGGCCCCCAAGACUCUGGCUGACUUGCUGGGGGCCGCCCCGCUCUCCGCCGCCGUCCCCGCGCCCCCCGGUCCCCGCGCCCCCCCGGCGGGAAGCCGCCCCCCCCGCGACAGCCCCGAGCCCCCGUCCCUGGACCCGGCCUGGGCCAGGUUCUUCGCCGACUUCAUGAGCGGGCAGAGGCGGUUCCGGGGCCGGACCAGGAAGGCGCCGGCGCCGCAGGGCUGCUUCGGGCUGAAGCUGGACCGAAUCGGGACCCGCAGCGGGCUGGGCUGCUAG